AUGCAUGAUGUCAUCGGAAAAAUCACUGGCAAGUAUGAUCCAAUCUUGCAAAUGACGCGAACUGAAUCGGCCCUCCUUGAGAGUGCCAAUCUCACUACUGCCGUUCAAAGCACCCUAAGACGUCUUCGUACUUCGAAGUCUCACAGCGAAGCUACCUCAAGCUUGAAUUACUUGACACUACUCAAAGUUGCCUUUAUGCGAACUCCUGAAGCAUCUGCUACUUUUAUCAAUGAUCACCAUCUUUGGUGGCAAGAAGCUGAUUUGCAGAGAUUCCUUCGUGUUCUACCCUCUUGCACGGAGGACUACCGUCUACUCAUUCAAUGCUUUCAAACUUUUAUAACCUUUGAAUUUUCUCCACCGUUUUUAAACCAUCAUUCGCUUGAAGUGAGCAACGUUUCUAUUAAAGGUCAAACCAUUAAAAAUAUGCCUUUUGAUUGAUUGAUUGGUGAAUUCGCACUUGGUCGUAUUGAUUUUUUUGCAAAACAACCGGGUGAUAUGAAAUACAGACCUCUUUUCUCCUCUAUUGGUUGUGAUAUUGCAGAAGCAAAACGAAAUGAUCUUGCUUGCGCUUGGCUGCUAGAGGAGAUCGUAACUCCAAAUUCGGUUCUGGUCUACAUGAUGCGAAGAUUUGAUGCCGGUGUAGGGAGCACUGACAGUCCACGCGUUAUCCCCUCCCUCCUUGAUGCCCUAUUGGCUUGUCAGGACUACUUUCGCAAUGGCGAACUUGCCUUAAGUGGAGGGAACUCGCCAAACAAUGUUGAGAUUUAUUUGAAGAAAUGUGACAAUUUUGAAGCGCUUCACUUUCUUUUCCAAUGGUCUCUAAAAGUCGUGGAAAUUCAUUUUGACUCCCUGACUGACCGCCUCGCUUAUUUGCAUUCGGUAGUCAACAUUCUUCAGCGAAUUACUCAGAGACCUUCAUGGAUUCUUGGUGUGCAACGAACAGAACCCGUUUUCACCGAAAUUUGCCAACUUAUCGAGAAGUUAAUUCAGAAAAUUUUGGAUCUUCAGCAAAGUUUUCCCCCGCAUAAUGGAAUUCUUUAUCCUACUUUGAAGCUUUUGCAUAAUGCUGUGUUACUAUUAACUUUCCAAAACUGGACGAAAUCAGGUAAAUUCUUGGAAAAUUCGAGCCUUACGUCAUUGGUUUUCGAACUGAUUUCCAAGGAUAAAAAUAGCGAGGUACGCUUUUUGUCACUUACCAUUCUCGCUCAACUUGUUUCCUUGCCUUCCGCUAUCCAAGAAAGAUCUUGUGAUCCCUGGAAUAUGGCAUUUAUUAUAUUAACCAGUUCAGCUGAAUCCCCGAAAACGAAAUCAGCAGCUGUUCAUUUACUUACAAACCUCAUUGCAAUCAUUCCAAGACACCAAGGCCCAAACUGUUAUCCCGUGCCCUCUUAUACUGACUCUCGCACAGGAACACAAGUAGUCGGCUCGGAUGCCCUCAAGCACAUGCUGGAACAAUAUCGAUUUUUUUCUCUCCUAUCUGAGAUGCUGAAUAACUACCAACCUACUCCAAUAUUCCAAAGCUACAAGGGGAAGAAUAAUAUGGAACAAAUUGAAAAUUCCGGGGUCUUUUCAACUCCUCUUCUAAUAGAUCGAAUUUCCAGUUUUCUUAUAAAUUUCUGUCAUAUUCUCCCAAUUGACUUCAUGUUGCAUCAGUUUGAGAAGUAUAAACUCUACGAGGCUUUCAAGAGUUUGAUCAAUCCCGCAUUAUUAGAUUGGCUUCCUUCAAAAUGCCCUGCCCCACCCAUUGUGAGUCGGACUGCGGCCAGACAUAUAGCGUCAAUGUUUGCCAGAAUUUUGCGCCUCUUUCAGACUAUACUCUUCCUAUCGUCUAAUCCUUCAUCCAAAAAGCAAGUAUUCUUGUCUGAUCGUCGUUUUCUCAUUAUGCUGGCCAACUGUCUGACAAUCGAUAUUGAAGGCAUGGAGGAACUGCUGGAAUCGACUAUGCUCUUCUUCAUCACCCUCCUGGAUUCAGAAGGUGAUGACGAUUUUUCUGACCUUGUUCUACUGCAUGCUCUUCAACCCUUGGCCUCUGUCGCCCGUCAACUGGGCACUCUUAUCAAUCAGCUUCUAUUAGAAGCGAUUUCUAUUAAUAAAACACCGUCGGGUGGACUGGAAGAGGUAUCUAGAACGAAAUCUAGUUCUAAAGUGUUUUUGAUUAACCUUGGAUCACCGUUUUUCCUCAAUAUUGAUCUCUUAUGGAUCGUCAACCACUAUCAUAGUCUAUUAACCACCUACUAUAAUCGAGUUAAGCUGUCCUCCUUGGUUCAGUUCCAAUAA